GAGCACAGACUGAAAUCCCAGAGGAGGCAGGAAGCAAAUACACUGAGGUUUAUCGGCAGACACACAACAGUUCUGCUGUAGUUUCAUCUAAGGUGAACAUCAUCCCACCAAUGCUGGCAAAUCCAGUAGUAACACCUUCCAAUCCUGCUCACAAUGGCCGUGUGUGCAGCACAUGGGGCAACUUCCACUUCAAGACCUUUGAUGGAGACAUAUUCUUCUUCCCUGGGCUCUGUAAUUAUGUUUUUGCAUCCCACUGCAACGCUCCCUAUGAAGAUUUCAACAUCCAGAUUAGGCGCACAGUGGUGGAAAAUGCUCCAACAAUCAACCGUAUCACCAUGAAACUUGAAGGUGUAGCUGCUGAACUAAAAAAGGACGUUGUCACGAUCAACGGCAACAGAGUUCAGCUGCCAUACAGCCAAUCAGGAAUUACAAUAGAGAAAAGCAGCAUUUAUGUGAAAGUUGCCUGCAAAAUGGGUGUUGUGUUAAUGUGGAAUGAGGACGACAGUAUCCUGCUGGAAUUGAAUGAGAAAUAUGCCAAUCAGACCUGUGGACUUUGUGGGGACUUCAACGGCUUGCCAAUUUACAAUGAGUUCUAUUCAAACAAUAUGAAGAUGACAGCCGUGCAGUUUGGAAAUAUGCAGAAAAUGGAUGGGCCAACAGAACACUGCGAAGACUCCGUGUCUACCCUGCCAGAUAAUUGCACCAUCAAUGAUGACAUAUGCCAGCAAACACUGACCAGCACUGCGUUUGUAGAGUGUAAUGACCUAGUUGAUGUUAGAGAGUACAUUAAGGCUUGCCAAGAUGACCUGUGCCGCUCUGAAGAGUCUAAAAACGCCUCAUGUAUCUGUGACACCCUUUCUGAAUACUCCCGGCAGUGUGCUCAUGCUGGUGGGCAUCCUCUGAACUGGAGAACCUCAAAACUGUGCCCCAAGAAGUGUCCUUACAACAUGGAGUACCAGGAGUGCAACUCCCCCUGCGCUGACACGUGCACCAAUCCCGGACGAUCUCAGUUUUGUGAAGAACACUGCAUGGAUGGUUGCUUCUGUCCCCCAGGGACUGUAUUUGAUGACAUCAACAAUUCUGGCUGCAUUCCCCAGCAGCAGUGCUCCUGUGUUUACAAUGGCAACACCUACGCUACAGGAACUUCUUUUUCAGAGCAGUGCCAAUCCUGUACCUGCAGUGGAGGCCAGUGGAGUUGCCAAGACAUGUCAUGCCCAGGAACGUGUUCAGUAGAGGGAGGUUCACACAUUUCCACGUACGAUAAAAAACAUUACGAUCACCACGGAGACUGCACUUACGUCCUUUCUAAGCACUGUGCAGAUGAAACAUUCACCGUCCUGGCAGAACUACGCAAAUGUGGCGUAACAGACACCGAGACAUGCCUCAAGGCAGUGACCCUCAACAUGAAUAGAGGACAAACUCUCAUCGAGGUCAAAUCUGAUGGUGGCGUGUUUGUGAACUCGAUCUACACCCAGCUGCCUGUCUCAGCAGCUAAUGCCACCAUAUUCACACCUUCCACGUUCUUCAUCAUGGUGCACACAAACUUUGGCCUCCAACUUGAAAUCCAAAUCACACCCAUCAUGCAAGUGUUUGUGCGACUGGAUCCUCUUUUCAAAGACCAGAUGUGUGGUCUCUGUGGAAAUUUCAAUGGUAUCCAAACUGACGACUUCAAGGUCAUAAGUGGAAUAAUUGAAGGAACAGCAACAGCAUUUGCUAAUACGUGGAAAACUCAGGCUUCGUGCCCUAAUAUCCAGCGCAGUUUUGAGAACCCCUGUGCACUCAGCGUUGAUAAUGAAAAAUACGCUCAGCAUUGGUGUGGGCUACUGACUGACAGCAACGGACCUUUUGCUGAUUGUCACUACGCAGUGAAUCCCUCUGUUCACUACACGAACUGCAUGUUUGACACAUGUAACUGUGAAAAUAGCGAGGACUGUCUGUGUGCAGCUCUGUCUUCCUAUGUGAGAGCUUGUGCUGCAAAAGGAAUCCUGCUGCGCGGAUGGAGGACUGACGUCUGCACAAAAUACACCACCUCAUGUCCCAAAUCCCUAAGCUACAGCUACACCAUCUCUUCCUGUCAACCCACUUGUCGGUCUCUGAGUGAGCCCGACGUCACAUGCAACAUCAAGUUUGUCCCUGUGGAUGGCUGCACCUGCACAAAUGGAACCUACAUGGAUGAGAGUGGCAAAUGCGUGCCUGCUAAUGAAUGUCCCUGCUACUUCAGAGGAUCUCCUGUACCAUUUGGAGAAGCUGUCCGUGAAAAUGGGCUUGUAUGCACUUGCAUCCAGGGAAAACUGAACUGCAUUGGAACACCCAAUCCAACUCCAGUCUGUGAAUCUCCCAUGGUCCACUUCGAUUGUAAAAACAUCACGGCAGGAACAACAGGAGCAGAGUGUCAGAAAAGUUGCCAGACUCUGGAUAUGCAAUGCUAUAGCACGCAAUGUGUGUCUGGCUGCGUGUGUCCAGCUGGGCUUGUGCUAGACGGGAAUGGAGGUUGUAUUCCUGAAGAGGAAUGUCCGUGUAUUCACAAUGAAGCCAUGUAUCAGCCUGGGAAAAAGAUCAAUGUUGACUGCAACACUUGUGUAUGCAAGAAUAGGAAAUGGGAAUGCACAGAAGAUCAGUGUCUGGGCACUUGUGCUGUUUAUGGAGAUGGUCAUUAUAGUACCUUUGAUGACAAAAGGUUCAGCUUCAAUGGAAACUGUGAAUACACACUAGUCCAGGAUCACUGUGGCGUGGCCAAUGGGACCUUCAGGGUUGUCACUGAAAACAUCCCCUGUGGCAAUACUGGGACGACUUGCUCAAAAUCUAUCAAAGUUUUCUUAGAGGGCUAUGAACUGAUACUCAGUGAGGAGCAUAUCAGUGUCGUAAAGAGAGGACAAAGUGAUGAGGUGCCAUACGCAGUCCGCUCCAUGGGCAUGUACGUGGUAAUCGAGACCCCAAGUGGACUGAUCCUCAUGUGGGACAAGAAAACCAGCAUCUUCAUCAAGCUCAGCCCUGAUUUUAAGGGCCAGGUCUGUGGCCUCUGUGGAAACUACGAUGGCAACGGCAUCAAUGACUUUACUACAAGGAGUCAGUCUGUGGUGGAGAAUGUCCUGGAGUUUGGGAACAGCUGGAAAGUAUCCUCUACAUGCCCUGAUGCUUAUAGCAUAAAGGACCCAUGUUCUACCAACCCUUACCGCAAGUCCUGGUCAGAGAAGCAGUGCAGCAUCAUCAACAGCAACGUCUUUGCUGCCUGUCAUUCUCAGGUUGAACCGGCAAAAUAUUACCAAGCGUGUGUGACAGACGCUUGUGCGUGUGACUCUGGAGGAGACUGUGAUUGUUUCUGUACGGCAGUAGCCGCCUACGCUCAAGCAUGUAACGAAGUUGGUGUCUGCGUAGCCUGGAGAACCCCGUCAAUCUGUCCACUGUUCUGUGAUUACUACAAUCAACACGGGGAAUGUGAAUGGCACUACAAACCUUGUGGAGCCUCCUGUAUGAAGACCUGUAGAAACCCAAGUGGAAAAUGUCUCAAUAACUUGCCGGGUUUAGAAGGCUGCUACCCUAACUGCCCGCCAGACAAGCCGUAUUUUCAUGAGGACCAGAUGAAGUGCGUUAGUCUCUGUGACUGUUACGAUAAUGAAGAAGGGAAGAUAUACAGAAGGGAUGAGUGUCAUAUAUGUGAAUGCACAUCUGAAGGUUUAGAAUGCAAGUUUGAUGCAAAAGCAUGCCAGUGCAUUUAUGAAGAGAACAGCUAUAAAUACGGUGAACUCAUCUACAACACCACAGAUGGGACCGGAUGGUGUUUCAGCGCAACGUGCGACGUCAAUGGCACAAUAAGCAGAAUAUACCUCUACAUUAUUACUGCAGAUAAGUCAUUAUAG